UUUUAUCCCACUUUUCAUUUCACAAUCCCGUGCGCGCCUGUUCGCCUUCUUCUUCAGAGCGAGUUCGCGUUCUCCUCUCUUUCUCCCCGCGACGAGAAGGUCUGCUUGAUCCCGGCUGAUCGUUUCCUUUGAGAUGCUCCACAGCUCUUGCCUUCUCUCCACCCUCUUUUAACUAGAGACCGGUUAAUCUUGAGUGAACUGAACUUGGGUUUGGAAUCUAAAAGAAAGAGGAACACCCAAAGGGAUACGACAGCGCGUCUUUGGAUAAGGACCUCUUUCCCCUUGUUGCACUUUGGGGAAGAUUUUUUCCAUUUCAGUUGGUUUUGGUUAAUCCAGGUGGUGCAGGAGGAUUAUUCCACUCGAGCUGGUGUAGAGAGACAUCCCCCAGAAGGCUAUUUUCAUGUUCUCCAUCCAGGACGGUCUCCCACGGGGAGCCUUGACCAUGAAAGAAGAGCCCCUUACGAGUGGCAUGACUCCGGUGCGCUCUUGGAUGCAGAGCGCGGGGAUACUGGAUGCCAACACAGCUGCGCAAAGUGGUGUGGGUUUGGCAAGAGCCCAUUAUGAGAAACAGCCUCCCUCGAACCUGCGCAAGUCAAACUUCUUCCACUUCGUUCUGGCCCUGUAUGACCGGCAGGGACAGCCCGUCGAGAUUGAGAGAACCUCCUAUGUGGAAUUUGUGGAAAAAGACAAAGAAUACAAUGGCGAGAAGACCAACAAUGGCAUCCACUACAGGUUACAGCUUCUCUACAGCAACGGUAUCAGGACAGAACAGGAUCUGUAUGUUCGAUUAAUAGACUCCAUGACUAAACAGGCAAUCCUUUAUGAAGGCCAAGACAAAAACCCAGAGAUGUGUCGCGUUCUCCUCACCCAUGAGAUCAUGUGCAGCCGGUGUUGUGACAAGAAGAGCUGUGGGAACCGAAACGAGACGCCAUCUGAUCCUGUCAUCAUCGACAGAUUUUUCCUGAAAUUCUUUCUCAAGUGUAAUCAGAACUGUUUGAAAAAUGCAGGGAAUCCCAGAGACAUGAGGCGAUUUCAGGUGGUGGUGUCCACCACAGUGAACGUGGAUGGCCAUGUCCUUGCCGUGUCAGAUAACAUGUUUGUCCACAACAACUCCAAACAUGGGAGGAGGGCGCGACGCCUGGACCCAUCUGAAGCAGCCACUCCAUGCAUAAAGGCCAUCAGUCCCAGUGAAGGAUGGACGACUGGGGGGGCCACCGUCAUCAUCAUUGGGGACAACUUCUUUGACGGAUUACAAGUGGUCUUCGGCACAAUGUUAGUUUGGAGUGAGCUCAUCACACCUCAUGCUAUCCGGGUGCAGACACCCCCUAGACACAUCCCUGGGGUCGUGGAGGUCACACUCUCCUAUAAGUCCAAGCAGUUCUGCAAAGGAGCUCCGGGACGCUUCGUCUACACAGCUCUGAACGAACCCACCAUAGACUACGGCUUCCAGAGGCUACAAAAGGUCAUCCCUCGUCACCCUGGAGACCCGGAGAGGUUACCUAAGGAGGUUCUUCUGAAAAGAGCCGCAGAUCUGGUGGAGGCACUGUAUGGAAUGCCUCAUAACAAUCAGGAGAUCAUUUUAAAGCGUGCUGCAGACCUGACGGAGGUGCUGUACAGCGUGCCGCGGAGCCAUAACCAGUUGCCCUCACUGACAGGCUCCAGCGCUCACUCAGGCAUGAUGGGAGUUAACUCUUUCAGCAGCCAGCUCGCCGUCAACAUCUCUGAGGCCUCACAGGGAGAUCAAGUUUACUCUCGUAACUCAAACAGCGUGUCUCCUCGCGGGUACGUGCCGAGCUCCACACCCCAGCAGUCCAACUACAACACCAUCACCUCCACCAUGAACGGAUACGGAGCCGCCGGGAUGACCAACCUGGGCGUCCCUGGAUCCCCGAGUUUCCUCAACGGAUCCGCCGCCAACUCUCCUUACGCAACUAUGGCUGGUCUGAUUGUCCCUCCCAUGUGAAGAGGAACCUGAUCUUCCUCUAAGGCUUCAUUGAGCCCACAACAAACUCACUGGCUCACCAAAUCUGUCUGACACUCUCUUAUCGAACUUCACCAGUCCUAUGAGGAGCUGCCCGAAAAGAACAUCAAUACCUGGAUUGCUAAAAGAAAAAAAAAGAAAAGUAUACCUGGCCUGAAAAUGUCCCAUGUCCUGAAAUGUCAAUAGAUGUGUUUGUUUUGCCCUCUAUGACUUCAUCCUUGGAUACUCGCCAUACCGGGUGGCAUUUCGAACAGGAAGCAUAAAAGCUGGAUAUUAUCGCAAUGUGAACAAGAAGAAAGGUUUUGAUACAUCCACGGCCGUAGGGGCUUCUUUGCAUGGCUGAUGUUGUCUGUAGACCGUUCGUUUCAUACUGUAUGUCUGUCCUGUUUCCACUGUGAGAAGAGAGAUGCCACUCAUCCAGAUGGGACUGUGAUGGCUCAAAAGGUCAUUCAGAAAUGAUUCACUCCUAAUUACGAAAUGCAGUGUCUUCGUUUUCGUUUUUAACAUCAAGCUGAUUUGAUUUCCUUUCGCUUUUGUUUUAAACCAUCAAAUGAGAACAGAGUGACGCACAAACAAACACAAAAUGAUCCCAGACUGUAAUUUAGUAAUCAUCAGGAUGAUGGAUGUCAGUCAUUUUUACUCGUACCGUUUCUGUAGUUCCAGUAUAGUUCCAGGUGUGUGGAUAGGUAGAUUUAAGCCAGGAAUGCUUUCUGCAGUUUUAAUCACAUUUAGGUACCAGACUUAUUGUUGAAUUUCUUAUUGUGCUUUUUUGUAUGUAUUUAUAAAGUUCGUUUCAGGAUUUCUUUGGUGAGUUAGGCCUGAAUAAUAGUAUCAAAUAUCUAUGUCAACACAUUUGAUGUCUUAAUACCUUUUAGAUAUUGUAAAAAGAGUGAAAAAUAAAAGGGAUUACACUUUCUUUCUUUUUUUUGUAAAAACAAAAA